CAGGUGGGGAAUCUGGGUGUUGUCUUUGACAGCGCCCUGUCCUGGGAAGCACAUGUGUCCGAGCUUAGUCGUCGGUGUACUGGCUUGUUGAUCGGACUGUCUCACGCACGAAAUUGUCUCCCUGACGGCGUCAUUAAAGUUCUCGUUACAUCUCUGGUCAUAUCACGAAUCAACUACUGCCUCACUGUGUACGGUAACGGGACUCAGAAAAAUUUUGACCGACUCCAGAAAAUUUUGAACUUUGCCGCUAGAGUGAUCUUCGGACGGCGUAAGUUUGACCACGUCUCGGACCUGCACGACAGACUUGGCUGGCUAUCACCAAAAUCCAUGUCAGAUUACCUGACACUCACGAUCGCGCAAAAGGUCAUUAAGCAUGAAGAGCCCGAGAACCUCGCUGCACUGUUCGUCCCAAAUCAAAAUUUUCGAGACCGGCACACACGGCAGGAUCAUCUCCUUCAUCUUCCCCGACCGAGGCUUGAAACCGGAAAACGGCGUUUUGAGUACCGCGCCGCGGCGCUGUUAAAUAGCCUCCCACCCCAGGUAGUGCAGCUGCCACCUGCCAGCUUCGCCCGGUCUGCCAGGGCCGCGCUGAUUGACAAAUCCCCGCUGCGCCGCUGACGAGUCUGUUUAGUAGUAGACAAGGCUUGCCGCCAAUAGGUGGACGAUCUGUUUGUGCUUAUGUAUAUAUAUUGUUUGCCUUAUGGACAUAUGUAGAUGAUUAUUGUCGCGACCCCAUCGAUGGAUGACUGUCGUCUAGUGCUGAGUGUUCUUCCCCCUGCCCGCAUGAUUGUUACCCAUUAUACUCGGAUCUAAGCCGUAAUCGCCACGCCAUAUGUGGAAGGCUUUUGGUGUCAAUACAUACAUACAUACAUACAUACAUUUAUCUGAAACGUGCACACAUCAUCAUAAGGAAAACUGAUCAGAAUCCUUAUGUGGUAGCCAUGAACGUUAACUUUCAACUAUCCGACCUGGGUAGUGGGUCCUGAUCCCAAUUAGCUUGGAGUAAGGCGCAAGGGUACCUAAUAGUCGUAUGCAUAACAUUUAUUUACCGUUACUGUUAGUGACCAUUAGUAGAAAGAUUACCUGCAUGCUUAAUUUUACGUUUCAGGUAAUUGUGAAAAUAUGUCUACUUUCUCGAAAUCAAUUCGUGCUAACCGGUCGCCGUUCGGCGGCAGCCGGUAGCAGCCUCCGCCCGUCUGUCACAAAGUGUCACCUGUCAUCAGCCGCCCGCCGCGUGACCGACUGCAGCUCCGAGACGUGCCGCCAAAACCACCGACCGUCAUCUGUCACCCCCCCCCCCCCCUCCUCCAACCCACCCACCUACCGCGGGUCGCUCAAUACCACUCCCACCGACGGAGGAGGGGGAGGGAGGGGGUUGACGCGCGACCGGCCGACCGCCGCCUUCACACGCGCCACGUGACCCACGGACCACCUCUGACGUCACGACUACCGCCGAUGCAGAGGGCGCUGGUGUCGCGCUGCCAACACCGAGCGCACGAGACGGCCGGCAGCCAGUCGCGUGCCACGAGUCUAAGGGUCUGGGCGUGUUUCGGCGAGCGGAGAGCAGACUUGGUCGAGCGAGCGAGUUGGAGAGAAGAGCUCACAGAAUAGCAGCCAUGCCGAGCAGCGGGAGGAUCUCGGAGACCAGGAGGGUAAACAAGCCCAUCAUGGAGAAGCGGCGCCGAGCGCGCAUCAACGACUGUCUGAACGAGCUGAAGAGCCUGGUGCUGGAGGGUCUCAAGAAGGAUCCUGCUCGUCACUCCAAGCUCGAGAAGGCCGACAUUCUGGAGAUGGCCGUCAAACACCUGCGCUCCCUGCAGGCGCGGCCGGCCGCCCCAGCGGCGCGCUUCCAGGAGGGGUACGCCGACUGCGCGCGCGAGGUGGCCGCCUUCCUGAGCGGCCGUCCGGAGCCGGAGCCGGAGCUGCGCCAGCGGCUGAUGGUGCACCUGGCCGGCGCGUACCGGCCGCAGGCCCCGCCGGCCGACCGGUCCGACCCGGCUCCGGCCGUGCUCAGCCCCGCCGGCGUGCAGCUGGUGCCGGCCGUGCUGCCCAGCGGCGAGCUCGGCUACAUCGUGCAGCCGGCGCCGGCCGGGCUGCUGCUCGGCUCCCCGACCCCGGCCGCCGCCACGAACACAGAGCCGGCCGCGGCCAGCGUGGGCGGCUCGGAGGCCUCCUCGUGCAGCGUCGGCUCGGCCAGCCCGGCGCCCUCCUGGGACCCGGCCGAGACGCGCUGUUCGCCCAGCCCCUGCUCGUCGGAGCGGUCGUUCGGCUCGUGCGCCGGCCGUGCCGACAGCCCGCAGCCGCUCGACCUGGUGGCGCACAACCGUCACCACGACGAGGAGGCCCACUGGAGGCCCUGGUGAGGUCCACUGGAGGCCCUGGUGAGGUGACUGCGUUCACCUGAGGCCCUCAGGAGGCCUGCUCUUUCCACAGUCUGUGCCUUGAGACACUGCCGUUGCGGAGCUCACGCAAAGUUUUCAUUCCAAUGUGUAGCUGUGCGAACAUGGGCCUUACAAUGUAUAUUAACGUGAUAAGCGCUGUGUAGAGGUCUUGAUUUAUGUGAUUGUUUUGUAUGUUUCUUAAGUGCCAUCUGUCUGCCUGCCAAAACUGUUGUGCUAUGCAAACGACACUGAGAUCGAACGCUCGUUGGAUGACUGGGAAGUGCUACUGUUACCUGUAUAAAUAUCUAUUUGUGUGCCAUGCGAUUACGAAAUAUGUCAAGAUGUGUCAUUGAAUAUGCCAGUCCGAAGCAGAAUACAACUGCCGAGAAGUGA